GUUGUUAACGAAGAACUGGGAUACAAAGCAUACACACAAAGAAAAUUGUGAAAAAAAUUAAAAGCAACAUUUUUUAUUCGACGCGGUAUACUAUUAUAAAGUUUUUUCGAAUUUGUGCCGUGCUUUGCUGCUGUGUCGAUUUCAUUAAAAUCAUUUAUUAACUGAAGAGCAACAGCAGUAAACAUGGAAGAUCCCAAUCGUAUGAUGGCCCAUACGGGUGGCAUGAUGGCACCACAGGGUUAUGGAAUGCCUGGCCAAGAUGAUGGCCAAAAUGCAGGCAAUGAAAAUGAAGUGCGCAAACAAAAGGAUAUAGGUGAAAUUUUACAACAAAUAAUGAGUAUAUCGGAGCAAUCGUUAGAUGAGGCACAAGCUCGAAAACAUACAUUAAAUUGUCAUCGCAUGAAACCGGCAUUGUUUUCUGUAUUAUGUGAAAUUAAGGAAAAAACCGUCCUUUCAAUUCGCAAUACUCAAGAGGAGGAGCCUCCAGAUCCACAGUUAAUGCGUUUAGACAACAUGUUGAUUGCUGAAGGUGUUGCUGGUCCCGAAAAGGGUGGCGGUGGCGCCGCUGCUGCGUCCGCUGCAGCAGCAAGUCAAGUAGGUUCAUCCCUCUCUAUUGAUGGUGCCGACAAUGCAAUUGAGCAUUCAGAUUAUCGUGCUAAAUUGGCACAAAUUCGUCAGAUUUAUCAUCAAGAAUUGGAGAAAUAUGAGCAAGCGUGCAAUGAAUUUACCACCCAUGUCAUGAAUCUAUUGCGUGAACAAAGUCGUACAAGACCAAUUACUCCCAAGGAGAUUGAGCGUAUGGUACAAAUUAUACACAAGAAAUUUAGUUCCAUUCAAAUGCAAUUGAAACAGUCAACUUGUGAGGCAGUUAUGAUCUUACGUUCGCGGUUCCUAGAUGCCCGGCGCAAACGUAGAAACUUUAGCAAGCAGGCUUCGGAGAUCUUAAAUGAAUACUUCUACAGCCACCUAAGUAAUCCUUAUCCCUCUGAAGAAGCUAAGGAAGAAUUGGCUCGCAAAUGUGGCAUAACGGUCUCACAAGUUUCCAAUUGGUUUGGAAAUAAACGCAUUCGUUAUAAGAAGAAUAUUGGCAAAGCCCAAGAAGAGGCAAAUUUGUAUGCUGCCAAGAAGGCAGCUGGAGCCUCUCCCUAUUCAAUGGCAGGACCUCCCAGCGGCACUACCACACCUAUGAUGUCACCAGCUCCUCCGCAAGACUCAAUGGGUUAUUCCAUGGGCUCCGGUGGUUACGAUCAACAGCAACCUUAUGACAACAGCAUGGGCGGCUACGAUCCUACUCUACACCAGGAUCUUAGCCCUUGAGGACGUUACUUUGAUAAUAAAUAUUAAAAGGACGGAGAGUGUCUGUCUCCCCCACAUCCAAAUUUAUCUAAACCAACGCACUUUGAUUUUUAGAAUAUUUUUCAACUUAUUUCUUCCUUACUUACUGAAAUGGCUUUUUAAAGUUUAAAUGUAGUAGGUGUAUUAUUUUUUUCUAUAAAAUAUUUGUUUUUUUCUUUAACAUUUACUUUUAAUUUUAUCUUUAGGAUUUAAGUCUAACAAAAAAAAAAAAAAAAAAAACGAAAAGAAAAUACAAAAGUUUUCUUUUCUGAUGCAAUUGUUUUCUUAUUUUUGCUUUUUAUAAUUAUUUCAAUUAAUUUUGCAAAUUCACAAAUUCAGUUCAAUUUAAAAUCGCAUUAAGGCCGCAUAUACGUAAAUUUUUUCCAAUCUUUAGUAUUUACUAAAUUUAGCAUUAAGAUUUAAUAACAAAAAAAAAACAAACAAACAACAUGUAUACUUGAGAAAAACAUUUGUAACCGUAUGUAUA